AUGGGCACCAAACAGGCACUAGCUGUUACUAAAGAGAUACAGGCUUCUGGUAGCACAUUUGGGACUUACUUCCGUGUUACCUCAUUUGGAGAAUCUCAUGGCGGCGUUGUAGGCUGUGUAAUUGAUGGGUGCCCUCCUAGACUUCAGCUCUCAGAAGCUGAUAUGCAAGUAGAUCUGGACAGAAGGAGGCCAGGUCAAAGCCGAAUCACCUCCUCUAGAAAAGAAGCUGAUACGUGCAAAAUAGCAUCGGGAAUUGCUGACGGGCUGACUACUGGAUCUCCUAUCAAGGUAGAAUUACCCAACACAGAUCAGAGAGGAGAUGAUUACAGUGAAAUGUUAUUAGCUUAUAGGCCUUCUCAUGCUGAUGCAACUUAUGAUUUCAAGUAUGGCGUGAGAUCAGUACAGGGUGGCGGUAGAUCUUCAGCAAGAGAAACCAUUGGAAGAGUUGCCGCCGGAGCUGUUGCUAAGAAAAUUUUGAAGCAAUAUUCAGGAAACCAAAAUAAGCUAAACAUUAUUGCAUAUGUUUCUCAAGUAGACAAACUUGUCCUUCCUGAAGAUUUAAUUGAUCAUGAAACCAUGACGCCCGAUCAGAUAGAAAGUAACAUCGUAAGGUGCCCAAAUCCUGAGUAUGCGGAGAAAAUGAUUGCUGCCAUUGAUGCUGUCCGAGUUAAAGGAGAUUCUGUUGGUGGUGUUGUCACUUGCAUUGUUAGAAAUGCCCCACGGGGGCUUGGUUCUCCAGUCUUUGAUAAACUUGGAGCAGAGCUGGCAAAAGCCGUUAUGUCAAUACCGGCAACUAUGGGAUUUGAGUUUGGCAGUGGAUUUGCAGGUACAUUUAUGAUUGGUAGUGAGCAUAGCGAUGAGUUCCAUAUAGAUGAGCAUGGCAAAAUCAGGACAAAAACCAACCGCUCAGGUGGAAUAUCAAAUGGAGAAAUCAUUAAUAUGAGAAUAGCUUUCAAGCCAACGCCUACCAUAUCAAGGAAGCAGAAUACUGUGACUAGAUACAAACGCGAAACAGAGAUUAUAGCCCGAGGUCGCCGUGAUCCUUGCGUUGUUCCGCAAGGUGUUCCAGUGGUGGAAGCCAUGGUGGCCCUGGUGCUCGUCGAUCAGUUAAUGGCCCAAUAUGCCCAGUGCAUGUUGUUCCCUAUUAAUCCGGCAUUGCAAGAACCUCUCCAACUAUCGAAGGAUAAGGAGUUGCAGCAGAGGCUUCUUUGUCUGUACGCCGUAAACAGAGUUAUUAGUCGACAUGCCACCAGCCAUUAG